AUGCUACCAAGAUGCAAGGCCUUCCACCACCACCGCCUCGAAUGCUUCGAACGCCAAGGCAUGACACUCGACAGCGGGUACGACGUCACAGGCAGCUGUGGAUUCUUCAACCCAACACACGCUUGCUUCCGCAAGAACACCUCCGAAGCCGGCCAUGGUCUCGGCGAUACGAGCAAGCACGAGCUCGACAGCACCAAGCUCGCCCAUACUCCCAGCACACACAGCAUCCGCUACGCCUGGCGCUCCCGUGACAACCGCAAAGGCCGACACGUUCUCAUCCUGCCAAAAGACAGCCCUCAUCGGCCUUCCACUUCCCGCCGGAUAUCUCAAGGCCUCUGGCGUAUGCUUACCGUCUAUGCCUACUGGGACAUCUCCUGGUGGGUGGCUAUCCUAUUCAGCUUUGGGUCCGCUAUCUUCAUCCUCUGCGCACUGUUCUACUGGCUGCCGAUUGCGUAUCCGGAGACCGAGUUCGCUAAUGAGGCCACGACGGGCGGCGGGGUAGCGAGCUUUGUGGGCGCGACGCUGUUCCAGGUUGGGGCGGUGCUGUUGAUAUUCGAGAGUGUCAAUGAGAAUCAGACGGGAUGUUUCGGAUGGGCGGUGGAGGAGCUGUUCGAGGGCCGUCAAGUUGAGAUUGGACAGGUUGAGAAGAAGGUAAGAAAAGCGCCGGAGAUGUGCGAGCACGUACACCAACGCGCUUCAAAACGUACGGACGGCGCAAAGGCCGGAAGGAGUUCGACGCAGCAGGCACGGAAGUGGCAGUGGUGGCCGAGCUGGAAGGAGCUAAGGGAGCAUUAUAUCCACGAGAUUGGCUUCGUGUCGAACGUGACUCUUGCAGCAGGCGCGACCAUCUUCUACGUCACCGGAAUCAUGUCCCUGCCGGGCGUGUAUGACCAGUUGAGUCAGGCCGUGUUUGGGUACAUGCUGGAGACGCAGACGAAGUGGUGGAAGCCUGCCUUCCAGACAAUUGGGUGGCAUAUUGGACUUUGGAAUAUGAUCGGGUCGGUUGGAUGGACGCUGAGUGCUGCGUUUGGGUAUUGCAACCCGAGUUGGUGCGAGUAUCAGAGUGAUCUGACGCUGUUGUGGGCUUCAUUCGCGUUCCUGGUGGGCAGCAUGUUGUUGUGGUAUGAGGCACUGGAUAAGUACCCGAUCGAGACUAUCUGA